GUUGUAAACAUUCUAUUUCAGUACCGAGUGCGGCUUCCGAGGUCGCUCCAAAGUGGUUGUCAAUAGCCUUGUUACUUUGAUACGGCCAGGACUUCGAGGAUUGUGGCUAUUGAGGCCAUGGGUAUAAGAAGCCCGCCAACACGGGGUGUAUCAACAACAAACCUAAUGAACUGGAAAUAGGUGGCCCAAAGACUCCUGCUGACGGCGUUGUUCAUGUCGCAGCCCUUUUCUCCGUCAUUCUCCCCUCGCGGUCCACACGGUUUCUUCUUCUUCGUGUCCGGAUGUAUUGGACGUAUGGGAAAAAUGUUGGCUCAAUCACCAAUAGGGUCAGCGGUAGAAAAUGGACGAGACUCACAUGUGAAGGCCGAUGGAAUGGAACGUCUUCAGAAAAAAAGAUGCCUACACGAGUAGCUCUCGAAAUUAGGGGUCAUCAGUCACUAAAUGCAGUCGUGGGCUCGCGACACCUUCGUGGAACAUUCGCCUUUCAAAAAAUACAUUGUUGGGCUUCAUCGCUGUCAAAAUAUCACUGGACCCUCAAUGAACUGCUUUUCUCGGACUUUCGUCGUUUUCGAUGCGGAUUAGAGUCUGAGCAAUGCGAUCAGGACUACAAAGUCCUCGCUCAUUGGAGUGCAAAACCAUCCAACUGCCUGGCAACCGUCCUAUACUAGACCAACAGAGGGUUUCAAACUGAAUUAUUGCAAGUCACCGAUCACAGUGGUAGUACUCCUCCGAGUCAGACUAUAUGGUGUGGGAGAAUGUGAAUUUGGGUGCACAUUACACACCCAGUGUUCGACACCAUGUUCCCGAGUCCUUAUUUCAUGGUCUGAACUCCUGUCGUCCGAGCACAAAUGCGACUUUUUGGUAGGUGUCCUC